AUGCCUGCCCCAGAGACUGGACAUCGACAAUUCGACUCGCGUCCAGCACUUGGCCAUGUGAAUCUCAUGGUAGACACUUUCAUCGCCAACGCCUCUGCUGACGAUCUACGCGCCAUCACACGAACCCUACUCGCCACGGGUCCUCCAGGCAUCGUAUCCGCAUUUACGAACGCAGCACGUUCACGGUUACGCCAAACGAGCUCAAAAGUCAGCACCUACGCCUUCUUCAGUAAGGCAACACGCGACACUGGGUCAGAACCACUACCUCACCUGCAAGACGUCCUAACUCGUGCGAGAUCCCUCUACGGAGCCGGAAUGGGGUUUGCUAGCUUGGGGCUGCUGGCGUCGAUAGUGCGAGCGACGGUGGGCCUUCGGUGGGAAGAGGAUGGUGAUAUGGCGGACAUCCUCGCCGUCAUCGAUGCCGACAUUGGUCAGGCUAUCCAGAGCUCGAAAGAGGAGAUCGAAGCUGGCCGUGUAACCGACUUCUCGUCCGCGAGGGAAGCAAAGAACGACUUGAGAAACGCAGUGAGCGAGAGCAUAUCCGACGUGAAGUCUUGGGGAGGCGAAUUUCCGUUCGAGCGGGCAGCUGCUAGUAUUGAGUACUGGAAGUUUUGA